AUGCCAUCUUGGGCGGAGCCGAACGACGUUAUCAAAGGCGUUAGUCUUGGCAUUGGAAAGGGACCAGCGCCCGUCGCUGCCAAAACCUGUCCCGUACACGUUCAAGUCCUUAGCCUCUGCAUCACAUCAUGUGUCAAAGCCAGAAGCGAGAGCGGUACUUACACCAAUUCCUGUUAUGUCAGGGUCACCGAGGGGCUCUUUUUUAGGUUCACAAUCGGCCAUUCCGGCUUCGCGCAAAUAUCACUGCAUGUGACUGAGCAGUGCCCUUCGGGAGAGAGGAUCCUCAGGAACCGACGUCUCGCUCUCAACUGGGUCACAGAACGUGGAGCUCCUCGGCGUCAGUCGGAUUUCUGCUUGCGGGCCAGAGAAACCCCGGGCGAACUUGAUUGUGGUCAAGGCAAUGGUAAGGUCGAUAACGCGGUUGUGUUCAAGGUUGCAGCUUUCACUUGGAUGAAGCAGAGCAUUCAGCAUCAACAAGGUUCGAUAUAUAUAUGUGAGCAUCAAGCACCCUUCAGACGGUCCUUGGGAGAUGUGCCGCCGGCUGCGGGCACCAUCAUUCGGACAGCAGGAUUCAAAACCCGUCCGCCAUUGAGCGAAUAUCCUUGUCAUGGCCCAUCCCGGAGAACUCGAUGCCUCUUCGCCGCGCUGCUUCGAGUUUGUUUCCUGCUCCUUUGGCGCGUUGCUGCGCCCCCUGAGGCAAUCAGCCGGGGGCAAACGCUGAUGGCAGGGCGUCGUUUUGAAGCGUUUCGCCGGCAGAGGCAGACAUGGUGUCAAUGA